UCUCGCCCACCUCUGAGAACCCGCCGGCUGCCUCCGCAUUCUCUCGCCGGCCUAAGAAAGAGCAGAGACAAAAUGAGGGGACUGCUCAUCUUGUUGGGUCUGGCGUGCUUGGCGGGCGCGCAGCACCAGGCGCUGAUCGACUACUUGGAGCGCCGGCUGCUCGCCAUCGAGGACCGGAUCUCCCUGUGGCACGAGCAGGUCACCCGCUACGCCUCGGAGCUGCGGGAGCUCAAGCAGCAGAUGCUGUUCCAGCUGGAGAACCUGGACAAGGAAAAAGAGAUGCUGCGGGUGAACCUGGAGGGCGUGGGGACCCGGGUGGAGCGGGUGGAGCGGGAGCUGGACUACCUGGAGACCCAGAACGGAGCGCAGCCUUGCGUGGACGUGGACCAGGAGCUGAUCGAGCAGCAGGUGACACUGGUGCAGGAGAAGCACAAGACCAAGUACGCCAAGCUCACUGACUGCAGCGACAUGAUCUCCACCAUAAAGGCCAUGAAGAUCUUGAAGCGAGUCGGCGGCUCCAAGGGCAUGUGGACCAGAGACACGGGCGGGGGCUCGGGGAAGGUCUUCAUCUUCAACGGGACGGACGCAGACACCAUCUUUGAGUUCUCCAGCGUGCAGGACUUCACGCGCUCGCAGGGCCUGUCCGAGUCCCGGCGGCUGAAGGUCCCCUCCGCCUGGAGCGGGACGGGCCACGUGGUCUACAACAAUCACGCCUAUCUGGUCACGCGGGGGGACGAGGUCACCCUGCUCAAGUACGACUUGAGGAACCCGGCGGUGGCGGACAGCGUGGUGUUCCCGGUCCAGGACCAGGUCCCGGUGUACGGCCUGAGCCCCGAGACGGCGGUGGACCUGGCGGUGGACGAGGAAGGCCUUUGGGCCAUCUACGCCACGCGUCAGGCUGAGACGCACAUCUCCCUGGCCAAGCUGGACGCCGUCUCCCUGGACAUCCAGCAGAUGUGGGACUCCAACUGCCCCAGGGAGAACGCCGAGGCGGCCUUCGUGAUCUGCGGGACGCUGUACGUGGUCUACAACACCCGGCAGGCGGGGCGCUCGCGUGUCCAGUGCGUGUUUGACGUCAACGACAUGGUGAGCGCCGACGACGCGCCGCUGGUCUACUUCCCCAAACGCUACGGCGCCCACGCCAGUCUCAAGUACAACCCGCUGGAGCAGCUGCUGUACGCCUGGGAUGACGGCUACCAGAUUCUCUACAAACUGGCCAUGAAGAAGAAACUGGAGCUUUGAGACACUAGAACCCCGCCGAGAGGAAGUCCUUUUGGCCGCGCCGCAUUGACAACUCUCAUUUUGUGUUCAUCUUGGUGAACUUGAACUGCGGACAACCUUCUGCCAUACAGGAUUAUGAAAGCAGUUUAGGUGUCACCUUGUGUAAAUGGUAAAUAAAAACAGAACACAAUGAUUUAAAAAUCAUUUUCCACUUAUUUUCAAUUGAAUAGACUGCAAGGAUAAGAUAUUUAACAUUCAAACUGCUAAACUUUGUUGUUUUUGUCAAUAUUAGCACAUUUGGAAUUGGGUGCCUGCGACAUGUUUCAAAAAAGUGGCUCUACAAAGCAAAGCCAAAGCCGUUUAUCAACAACACCCAGAAACACUGCCGGCUUGGCUAGGCCUGAGCUCAUCUAAGAUGGACUGAUGCAAAGUAGAAAAGUGUUUUGUGGUUAAGUAGAACAUUUCUAAACCAGCUGUUGCAAGGAAUUUAGGGAUUUCAACAUCUACGCUCCGCAAUAUCAUCAAAAAUGUCAGAGAAUCUGGAGAAAUCACUGCACGUAAGCGAUGAUAUUACGGGACCUUCGAUCCCUCGGGCGGUACUGCAUCAAAAAGUCACAUCAGUGUAUAAAGGAUAUCACCACACGGGCUCGAGAAGACUUUAAAAAAACACUGUCAGUAACUACAGUUGGUCGCUACGUCUGUAAGUGCAAGUUAAAACUCUACAAAGCAAAGCCAAAGCCGUUUAUCAACAACACCCAGACACACUGACGGCUUGGCUGGGCCCGAGCUCAUCUAAGAUGGACUGAUGCAAAGUAGAAAAGUGUUCUGUGGUUAAGUAGAACAUUUCUAAACCGGCUAUUGCAAGGAAUUUAGGGAUUUCAACAUCUACGCUCCGUAAUAUCAUCAAAAAUGUCAGAGAAUCUGGAGAAAUCACUGCACGAAAGCGAUGAUAUUACGUCCCUUCGAUCCCUCAGGCGGUACUGCAUCAAAAAGCGACAUUUGUGUGUAAAGGACAUCACCACAUGGGCUCAGGAAGACUUAAAAAAACAGUGUCAGUAACUACAGUUGGUCACUACAUCUGUAAGUGCAAGUAAAAACUAUACUAUGCAAAGCCAAAGCCAUUUAUCAACAACACCCAGACACACUGACGGCUUGGCUAUGCCCGAGCUCAUCUAAGAUGGACUGAUGCAAAGUGGAAAAGUUUUCUGUGGUUAAGUAGAACAUUUCUAAACCGGCUAUUGCAAGGAAUUUAGGGAUUUCAACAUCUACGCUCCGUAAUAUCAUCAAAAGGUUCUGAGAAUCUGGAGAAAUCACUGCACGUGGGCGAUGAUAUUACGGGACCAUUGAUCCCUCGGGCGGUACUGCAUCAAAAAGUCACAUCAGUGUAUAAAGGAUAUCCCCACACGGCCUCGAGAAGACUUUAAAAAUACACCGUCAGUAACUACAGUUGGUCGCUACAUCUGUAAGUGCAAGUAAAAACUAUACUAUGCAAAGCCAAAGCCGUUUAUCAACAACACCCAGACACACUGCCGGCUUGGCUGGGCCUGAGCUCAUCUAAGAUGGACUGAUGCAAAGUAGAAAAGUGUUCUGUGGUUAAGUAGAACAUUUCUAAACCGGCUAUUGCAUGGAAUUUAGGGAUUUCAACAUCCGCAGUCCGUAAUAUCAUCAAAAAGUUCAGAGAAUCUGGAGAAAUCACUGCACGUAAGCGGCAAAGCCGAAAACCAACAGUGAAUGCCCAUGAUCUUCGAUCCCUGAGGUGGUACUGCAUCAAAAAGUGAAAUCAGUGUGUAAAGGACAUCACCACAUGGGCUUAGGAACACUUCAGAAAACCACUGUCAGUAACUACUGUUGGUCAGUACAUCAGUAAGCGCAACUUAAAACUUUACUAUGCAAAGCUAAAGCCGUUUAUCAACAACACCCAGACACACUGACGGCUUGGCUGGGCCUGAGCUCAUCUAAGAUGGACUGAUGCAAAGUGGAAAAGUGUUCUGCGGUUAAGUAGAACAUUUCUAAACCGGCUAUUGCAAGGAAUUUAGGGAUUUCACCAUCCGCAGUCCGUAAUAUCAUCAAAAUGUCAGAGAAUCUGGAGAAAUCACUGCACGUAAGCGAUGAUAUUACGGCCCUUCGAUCCCUCGGGCGGUACUGCAUCAAAAAGUCACAUCAGUGUAUAAAGGAUAUCACCACACGGGCUCGAGAAGACUUUAAAAAAACACUGUCAGUAACUACAGUUGGUCGCUACGUCUGUAAGUGCAAGUUAAAACUCUACAAAGCAAAGCCAAAGCCGUUUAUCAACAACACCCAGACACACUGACGGCUUGGCUGGGCCUGAGCUCAUCUAAGAUGGACUGAUGCAAAGUGGAAAAGUGUUCUGUGGUUAAGUAGAACAUUUCUAAACCGGCUAUUGCAAGGAAUUUAGGGAUUUCAACAUCUACGCUCCGUAAUAUCAUCAAAAAGUUCAGAGAAUCUGGAGAAAUCACUGCACGUACUCCAUGAUAUUACGGCCCUUCGAUCCCUCAGGCGGUACUGCAACAAAAAGCGACAUUUGUGUGUAAAGGACAUCACCACAUGGGCUCAGGAACACUUCAAAAAACCACUGUCACUAAAUACAGUUUGUCGCUACAUCUGUAAGUGUAAGUUAAAGCUCUACUAUGCAAAGCCAAAGCCGUUUAUCAACAACACCCAGACACACUGACGGCUUGACUGGGCCUGAGCUCAUCUAGGAUGGACUGAUGCAAAGUGGAAAAGUGUUCUGUGGUUAAGUAGAACAUUUCUAAACCGGCUAUUGCAAGGAAUUUAGGGAUUGCAACAUCUACGCUCCGUACUAUCAUCAAAAUGUUCAGAGAAUCUGGAGAAAUCGCUGCACGUAAGCGGCAAAGCCGAAAACCAACAUUGAAUGCCCAUGACCUUCGAUCCCUGAGGCGGUACUGCAUCAAAAAGCGAAAUCAGUGUGUAAAGGACAUCACCACAUGUGCUUAGGAACACUUCAGAAAACCACUGUCAGUAACUACUGUUGGUCAGUACAUCAGUAAGCACAACUUAAAACUUUAUUAUGCAAAGCAAAAGCCGUUUAUCAACAACACCCAGAAACACCGCCGGCUUGGCUAGAUGGACUGAUGCAAAUUGGAAGUGUUCUGUGGCUAAGUAGAACAUUUCUCCACCAGCUGUUGCAAGGAACUUAGGGAUUUCUCCAUCCGAAGUCCGUAAUAUCAUCAAAAGGUUCAGAGAAUCUGGAGAAAUCACUGCACGCAAGCGGCAAGGCAGAAAACCAACAUUGAAUACCAGUGACCUUCGAACCCUCAGGUGGUACUGCAUCAAAAAGCCACAUCAGUGUAUAAAGGAUAUCACCACAUGGGCUCACAAAAUGGUAAAUGGGUUAUACUUGUAGAGCGCAUUUCUACCUUCAAGGUACUCAAAGCGCUUUGACACUACUUCCACAUUUACCCAUUCACAUACACAUUCACACACUGAUGGAGGGAGCUGCCAUGCAAGGCACAAACCAGGACCCAUCAGGAGCAAGGGUGAAGUGUCUUGCUCAAGGACACAACGGACUUGACGAGGUUGGUAGAAGCUGGGGAUUGGACCAGGAACCCUCAGGUUGCUGGCACGGACACUCUCCCAACCGCGCCACGCCGUCCCAAAAGACUUACAGUAACUACAGUUGGUCGCUACAUCUGUAAGCGCAAGUUAAAACUCUACUAUGCGAAGCCAGAACCAUUAAUCAACAACACCCGGAAACGCUUUGCUGGGCCUGAGCUCAUCUAAGGUAGACUGAUGCAAAGUGGAAAAGUGUUCUGGGUUCUGACGAGUCCACAUUUCUGGACCAAAGAGGAAAAGAACCAUUCGGACUGUUCUAGGCGGAAAGUGUAAAAGCCAGCAUGUGUGAUGGUAUGGGGGUGCAUUAGUGCCCAAGGCAUGGGUAACUUACACAUGUGUGAUGGUAUGGGGGUGUAUUAGUGCCCAAGGCAUGGGUAACUUACACAUGUGUGAUGGUAUGGGGGUGUAUUAGUGCCCAAGGCAUGGGUAACUUACACAUGUGUGAUGGUAUGGGGGUGCAUUAGUGCCCAAGGCAUGGGUAACUUACACAUGUGUGAUGGU